CGAGAGACGCACUACUUCCGGUUCUUCUAGCAGACAGCAAAACAUUUGAAUCAGCAUAAAUGAACUCAAAUACUGCCUAAUGCUAUUUAUUGAAUUUGUUCCAGUAGAUGUAUGGGGGAUAGAAUAACCAGUUUACCAGCUGAUGUUAGGUCAUUACUGAGGACAGGAGUGGCAAUUACAAAUGUUGCCCAGUGCGUUGAGGAGUUAGUUGUCAAUGCUUUGGAUGCAGGUGCCACUUGUGUGGCCGUUAGAGUAGACCUACCAUGCUUUAAAAUUCAAGUGGUAGAUAAUGGUAAAGGAAUACGACAAGAUGAUCUACAGGUUGUUGGGGAAAGGUAUUCGACAAGUAAAUGCCAUGAAGUAAGUGAUUUAGAAAAUUUACAUUACUAUGGAUACAGAGGGGAAGCGUUGGCCAGUCUUCGAGAUAUUACUAGCAUAUUAGAGAUCAACUCUCGCUCACAAACCAGUACACAGACUUUCUGUAAAAUAUUUCAGCAAGGGAGAGCACUCCCAAUCUCUGAUUCUACUGUUCCCAGAUCUAGUGCAGGGACCACUGUUACAGUACAUGAUCUGUUCUACAACUUACCAGUCAGGAAAAAAUGUUGUAAUCCAGCAUUGGACCUGGAAAAGAUUCGUCAGAAAGUUGAGAGUAUUGCUCUUAUAAAACCAUCUGUUUCAUUGUCAUUGCGAAAUGACGUGUCUGGUCAUGUAGUUUUACAAACUCAUAAAACAAAUAAUAUUUUGAAUACAUUCACUUAUCUUUUUGGACCUGGUAAAUCUAAAAGUCUAACAGAGGUUUCUGGAAAAGAGGUUGACUUUGCUGUAGAUGGGUACAUAGGGAAAAAAGGUGCCAACAAAAAGGACUAUCAGUUUAUUUACAUAAAUGGGAGAAAUGUUCUCAAAACAAAAUUACAUAAAGUGGUUAAUCAUCAACUAUCAAAGUCAUUAAUAUUGAGAAGGAAACUUGAGCUAUCGACUAACAAAUUCAGGGGUCACAUUAUGAAUACAAGCCCAACUAAGACUACUGAUCAACAUGGUAUUUAUGUAUUAAAUGUUACCUGUCCUUAUAAAGAAUAUGACAUUACAUUUGAACCAGCAAAAACCCUUGUAGAAUUCAAAAACUUUGAAAUACUUCAGCAUUGCUUAGAGAAAACUGUGACAGAUUUUCUGAAGGAGCACAGUCUUCACUUAGGGAUUCUUGCAGAAAAUUUUGUGAAGAAGGAUCCUAAAGAAACUUUGGAUGACAAAAAUGGAAAAGAAAUAACUUCAAAGACAGACUUUGUUGGGUUGAAAUUUAAACCAGAAAUAAGUACAAAAGAUAGAAAUGGAUUGUUUUCGAAAAUUGUGAAAAGAAAAGUAAUAUCUGACAUAUCAUCAUCUAGUACAUUAAGUGAAAGUCCUGACACUGGUUUAACUAGUAAUGAAAAAGAAUCAAAUACAAAUGAUACCAUUGAUAUGUUAAAAAAUGAUGAAUUUUUUACUCCUUUAGAUCAGCAAAUGAAGGUAACAACUCCAGGUUCUCCCAGACUUGUUGUUUUGGAUUCAACCACAGAAACACAAUCAAAUAGAAAUGGAAGCACAUGUUUGGGUAAAGACACCAGCCAGGACAACACAAUGUCGUCAAAAAGAAACGAUAGCUGCAGUGAUGGUGAUUUAAGUGAGGAUCCAAUACCUACCCAACAAAGAGUCAAAAUGGCCGUCAAGAAAAACAUUAUUUGUAUUGAUACACCUAUAGUAAGGGAAACUAAAAUUAAUGUGUCAUCUUUGUCUAAACUCAGAAAAAGAAAAAGUUCAGAAAAUUGUACUUUAUUAACAAAAAGCCUUCUAGAAAAACAAAAGAAAUUUACAAGGUUAAAAGAACAUACAUGUUCAGGAGAACAACAGGGAGACACUCUAGCUGAUACUUUAGAAAACCAAGACUACAAAAGCAAAAAUUGUAGUACUGAGUCCAGAGCAAUGCAAAAUGAUGUACCUGUUUUCACCUCUUCACUACAAGGACUAAGGAAGCUUAGAAGUAAAAAACAUGGGAGUAUGAAAAGUCAGAUAUCUGAGAAUUCUCUUCAAGUGCUAAGAAAAUAUAGAUUACAAAGUCGGGCAACAAAAGAGGAUCAAGUUAUUAACCAACCAACAUGUAAUACAAAACAAGGUAAUGAUAGGACAGAAACUUUGUCAAGUAAUUGUGAAGACAAAAGUGAAAGAAUUGUCACUGAUGCUGAACCAGUUCCUGGACAUUUGGUGGAAAAAGCAACUAUUUUUAAAAAUGUUAAACAAACUCUUCAUGACAAUGAAAACCUGGAUGAAUAUGGCAAAAGUGACUUGUCAGCCUCUGUUUCUAAUUUGACUUCUGUGAAGCCUCACAAAAAAUUCCUUUGCCCACCUGUUGAUGGAAAAGGGGUUGAUGAUGAUAAAUUAAAUGAUCAGGCAAAUUCUUUGAAGAAUACCAAUACAAAUUAUGAAAUGCAACAUGAGCUCCAACCAUCAACCAGUACAGAUUUCUCUAAGUCUAGUCCAAUUGAUAUUGAAGAGGCAUGCGAGUCCAUUGAAAACUGUGUUGCAGAAAUCGAAAAUAUAAUUUCAAAAUCAAAUAACAGAAGUAAUUCAAUGAAUAUUCCACAAGAGACAUUUAAAUUUUCACCAUCAAGAGAAUAUGAAAACUUUACAACCAAAUCAGAGGAGAAAUAUAGCAAACCUAAGUCUUUUAUGAGUUCUGAUAGAUUCAUACAAACUGUUCAUUCAUUUUUACCAUCAGAAGGCAGUCAAAGUUUCAAUAGGACUGAAUCCUUGCCAGCUUUUCAAACAAAUUAUGCUGAUACUGUCAAUCAAAAAUCCCCUGAUGCUGAUUUAUUUUAUACAACUUCACCACCGCACCAGUCAGGCAGGCAAAUAUCAACUUUCACUUUUAAUCAAGACAGUAGCAAUCAACCAUCAUCAUCACAUAUUGCAACUGUACAGAACCCAAGCUCUUGGGAUCAUUUAUCCGAAUCUAACUCUGCUUUGAAAGGUAAAGGCAAAAUCAAGUCCUUGUCAUUAUACAGGGGCAAUAAAGACCAAAGACUUGAAUCCGAUAUAGGAGAACAUGAUAUUUAUGAAACAAAUGAAAAAACUAAGGAAAUAUAUUCAGUUUCCAAAUUUGCCUCCAAAAAUCAAGAUCUCAGUUUUUUAUCUUACUUUGAUGUUGCAGAAUCAGAAACUCAGGAAGUUCCUCAAACAUGUGAUAGUCAACAUAUCUGUGAUAAAAAUGAUGUGCCAUUUGAUGUUUACAUGCAAUUUAUGUGUAAAAAAGCAAAAAUAACUUAUGAUAAUGAAAUAGACAGUUCAUUAGUAUGCAAUGAAACCAUGCCUGACGUGGACGAAUCUCAACCCUUCUACAGACAAACACAGGAAUUUGUUGUGUUAGAAGAUAGUGGCAUUGACAAUGAGUACAAAGAAAUGGAAAUCUCUGAUGAUGAAGAUAAUGAAAUUGACAUUAAAUUCCAGAAAUAUGUUCCUAAUUUUGAGAGAAAGACAUCCGUUUCACCAUGUUUAUCAGAAGGGUUUUCACCUAUAAUAGACACAGAGGAAUCUUCACUCUCAGAUGAAGACUCUCAUAAAAACAGUGGCCGACAUUUGGAAGAACAAGAAAGUCAGACAAAUUCUAGUUCUAGCAACUACUUAACGAAAACAGAUCAAACAUCUGAUAUAAUCAAAAGUAUGACAAUGAAGAGUAGUCUUUAUGAAGAAUCUGAAGAUUUGAUGGAAAAUCAACAUGGAAUGCCAUCAGUUUAUAUGCCAAAGAAAUUGUUUGCAUUAGACAAUGUAAAAACAUCAAAGCCUGCAAAUCAAAACAACCCUUUAUUAGACCAUGGUACCAUUUUCAGGGAAUCUUCAGGAACAAAUUUUGAAGACAGAAUGGAUUAUUCAAAUGAGAUAUUUUCAAGUUCAAACUCAACAAGUCUUCACUACAAGCAUCAACACAGGUCAUUUAAUUCAAAUUCUAUCACAGGAAACACUAAUUUAAUCUCUCAGAGUUCUGAUGAAAUGUUUGGUUCUAAUACUAAAAACAGCAAACAAAUUCCAAACCAGCAUUGCAGUGAAACUGAUUCUCAUGGUAUUAUUAUGUCAGAAACUGACGAAUUACAAGAAGUGUCAGAUAUAAAUAAUGGGUGUCGUAAAGAUAUUAAUAUAAGUGACAAAAAUAUUCUAUGCCAUUCACCACCUCCAUCGACAACAGUAAGAUCAGAUGUAGAACUCUUUUCUCCUGAAGGAGAUAGUGAAUUGAAAGAAGUUGAAACCCAAGUAACAAAAGUUGACAGUGAUUCAGCAAAAUUAAUUACUACACCAGGUUCCAAAGGUAAAAUGACCACCACUGAAGAUUGUUUUUCUCCUGAUGGUGAUUCAGAACUCAGGAAUGUACAGUUAGAAUGUAAAACCUGGAUAGAAAUGACGGAUCCAGUGUCUGGGACUAAAUUGUAUGUCAAUACAAGAAGUGGACACAGUGUUAAAUCAACAGAAUGGACACCUCCAGAGGAUAGUAUUCAACAUCAAACAGAUAAUAUAUCCACACCUGUACAUAAAGAAAGGAAUAUACCAGCUCUAUCUCCUGAAUCAAGUAAAUCAUUGAAGAGCUUGAUGGAUCAACAUUUAUCUAAGGAUGAUGAUGAUUUAGCUUCAAUUAAGUGGAAGAAUACAGAUCAGAUUAACGGUGAAACACGUAAAGUAGAGGAUCUGUUUAAAGAAUGGGAAAAUCCUGUUUUUAAUAUGCCAGCAAAGAGCAUGCCAACAACACAGAUAAGUCACAUGACAAGAGCAAGUACCAAAGCUCAUCAAGCAUUGAAUCCAUGUGUCUUUGAUAAGGAUAUGUUACAGAAUUUUAAGGUACUUGGACAGGUCGAUAACAAGUUUAUUGCAUGUUCAUUGCAAAUAGGAGAAAGUCCCUCCAGUGAUAAAGAAAUGCUGUGUUUGAUUGAUCAACAUGCAGCCCAUGAAAGGGUCCGACUUGAAACUUUCACCAAAGAGGCUUAUAAAGUGAAGGAUGGUGAAAAGAAGAUUUGUUGUACAGAGCUUGUAUCAGAUGAAGAAUUGACAUUUCCAGAAGAGGUUAUUAGAGUCAUUACAUCAUUUAUAGAAGAAUUUAGUAGAAUAGGUAUAAGAUUUUCAUCAGAUAAGAACAAAAGAGAUAGUAUCAAGCUACAUACAGUUCCAUCAUGUUUUCUACAGAAGGAUCAAAGUAGUGGGAAGAUAAGAAAAGAUGCAUCAGCAAUAAAAGCUUCAGAGGCUUUAAUAAAAGAAUAUGCUGAGGUUUUACAAGAUACCAGAGGUUCGAGAGGGAGGAUGCCAAACACUAUACAUAAAGCACUCUGUUCACAAGCUUGUCAUGGAGCUAUUAAAUUUGGUGAUCCUUUGACCCUACCAGAGUGUGAGGAACUGUUGAAGUCAUUGUCUAAAUGUAAACUACCAUUCCAGUGUGCCCAUGGUAGACCAUCAGUUGUUCCUUUGAUUCAGCUUGGAGACAGACAUCAGGAAAGGAAAAGACCAAAUUUAUGGAAGGUCGCUAAGCAUUUGCAGCAGUGAUGAAAAUGUUGCAGACACAAGAUAAAAAAAAAGACCAAUAUGUACACUUGUUAGCUUUUUAUAGUCUAGUUAUGUA